AUGGACUAAUAAAUUGCACUUUAUCUGAAAAUGAUCUCCUAUUACGAACAGAAACUAUAGACAAUCAAAUAAACCUUAUACUCCAAUAACAUUGACAAUCUAGAUAGAUCUUUUGAGUUGUUGUCCAAUAACGAGGAUACUAUUACGAAGAAUACUUUGUUAAACUUUUUCGUUUAGAAUCUCCAUCCUAUCAAUUAUAAGGAUGUUAUUGAAUUUAUCUGGUUUAUUGGUGAUAAGGAUAGAUUUACUAUCAGUAAACAAUAAUUUCAAGUAAUUGUUAUAUUUAAAAAGCUUAGAAUUACUUAACGAAACUUUUACUUCAUAAAUCAAACACUAUUAUUGAUCAUACAAACAAUGAUCUUUAAGUACAGCUUCUGAAACUACUCUCUCAAUAAAUAAGAGUAAUUAAAUAAAUUAAGGAUAGCAAAUUGUAAAUAAUUAACAACGAUGAGUUCAAUAUGAUCAAGGUAUUCUCAUUCAUAAAAUUCUAGAUAUUUUAAAACCUAAGUGAUCACAACGAUAUUAUAAAUUGCAAUAGUCUUCUGAAUUUUAUGAAAAGCAAUAAGGUUUAAUUCAAUAAUUUCGAUUUUGAUUUGUUAACCUUUGCUACCUUUGGAAAGAAAUGCAACAUCACUUUCGAUCAAUUUAAAGAUUGCUCAUUGUUCUCCAACAAUAUUUCUAACAAAUAAUAUAUUAAAUCAAGGGAAAUACCUGAAGAAAAAUAGAUGACUCAUUCUUACAUCGUUAAUUUAAGCAAAUCUAUAAUACAGCAAUAACAAUUAAUGCCUAUAAGUGAAGCAAGCAGCAUAGUCGAAUUUAAAGCAUCUGAACUUAAACCUAAAACUAAAAGAUACUAAGAAUAAACUAAUGUACCAAGACCAUAUUGA